UAUCCACCACAAGACCCCGAGGAGACCUCCAUUUUCGACCACCGCGUUUCUCCAUGUUCGGUAUUUAAUCUCUCAACAAUCUUGAUUGCUCACCAACCUAAUUCAAAACUCAAUCCUUUGGUACCUUUCUCUGCCCAUGGAACUUUCUUCUCCAUUGAAACCCUUAAAUUCAAGCAUCUUUCACCGUACCCAUGACCUCUCUUUCUCCUCUUCCUUUUCACCAUUCCCGAUCAAAACCCACUUCGAAAAACUCAAAAUCCGCAAACCCAUUUCGCUAAAUCCCACCAUUAUCGCCGCCGUGGACUCCCAAGAGAAACGAGAAGAACAACUCCCUAGAAACAGCCCACAAAGACUACUCAAAGAGCUCUCCCAACGCAAGAAAUUCGUUUCUCCCAACAAAAGAAUACCACCCAAGAGAUUCAUCCUUAAACCCCCAUUAGAUGAUGCGAAAUUAGCUCAAAGAUUCCUCAACAGCCCACAAUUGUCACUAAAGCAAUUCCCUUUACUCAGUUCAUGUUUACCAUCCAUGAGAUUGAACAAUGCCGAUAAAACUUGGAUUGAUGAGUAUUUGCUUGAGGCAAAACAGGCUCUUGGGUACCCUUUGGAACCAUCUGAGAAUUAUGGAGAUGAUAACCCAGCUAAGCAAUUUGAUACAUUGUUAUAUUUGGCUUUUGGGCAUCCUCAUUGUGAGAGGACGAAUGCUAGGCACGUGAGGUCAGGGCAUUCGAGGUUAGGGUUUUUGGGACAGUAUGUUCUUGAAUUGGCUUUGGCUGAGUUUUUCUUGCAGAGAUAUCCGAGAGAGUCUCCGGGCCCAAUGAGGGAAAGAGUGUAUGCUUUAAUUGGGAAGAGAUAUUUGCCAAAGUGGGUUAAAGCUGCUAGCUUGCAUAACUUGAUUUUUCAGUAUGAUGACAUGGAUAAGCUUAUUAGAAAAGAGAGAGAACCACCGGUGAAGUCCGUAGUCUGGGCUUUGUUUGGAGCAAUAUAUCUGUGUUUUGGGAUGCCGGAGGUUUACCGUGUACUUUUUGAAGUAUUCGGAAUGGACCCUGAAGAUGAAGAAUGCCAGCCGAAGUUAAGAAGACAACUUGAAGAUGUUGACUAUGUCUCUGCGGAACUCGAAGGAAAAAAACUCAGCUGGCAAGAAGUUGCUGCUUAUAAGCCUCCUGAAGAUGCUCUUUUUGCUCACCCAAGGCUUUUCCGUGCUUGUGUACCACCAGGGAUGCAUCGGUUCCGGGGAAAUAUAUGGGAUUAUGACUCUAGACCUCAAGUUAUGAAUACAUUAGGAUAUCCUUUACAAGUUAAUGAUAGAAUCCCGGAAAUUACUAAUGCCAGAAACAUUGAGCUUGGCCUCGGAUUACAGCUUGCUUUCUUGCAUCCAUCAAAGCACAAGUUUGAGCAUCCCCGGUUUUGCUUUGAACGACUAGAAUAUGUUGGCCAAAAGAUCCAAGAUCUUGUAAUGGCGGAGAGGCUGCUGAUAAAGCAUAUAGAUGCUCCGGGAAGAUGGUUGCAGGAGAAACACCGGCGCCUUCUUUUGAACAAGUUUUGUGGCAAGUAUCUGAGGGAAAAGCACCUCCACCGGUUCAUUAUUUACAGUGAAGAAGUUCAAGAUUCUUAUGAGCACAACCGCAGGCUCAGGAACCCAGCCACUACCGCUGUCCAACAAGCCAUUCAUGGACUUUCAUACACCAUCUACGGCAAACCGGAUGUUCGACGGCUCAUGUUUGAGCUUUUCGACUUCGAACAAACUCAACCGAAAGCCAUAUGACCGCACCGGUGGUCGUGGUCGUGGUCUUGGUCUUGGGUUGGUUCUUGGUUUCCUUCUUUAAGAAGAAAAGAUUGGUGAUGUACAUAUAUCUCUAUGGAAUGGUUGUUACUUGCAUUUAGAUAUGUACCAUUUGCUGUUCUUGUUGGACAACAUAAUUUAUAUUGAAUUGUAGAAGUAGAAAGUGAAAAGUCCAAAAACACCUCGUCAAUUUUCU